AGGUGAAUCUCUCAUUUACUGGCUUAUUGAUGUACUUGCAUUUGCACAGGUUUAACCCCUCUGGAUAGUGAUUUGGUCCUCGAUCAAUAUUGUGCACAGAUCGCUGCACUGGCAGAAAUCAAUGAAACUAGCUCGAUAUACAAAACAUAGGUAUAACAACACGCCCAGAAUAGAUCUAGGGGCUAGUACGUAUAACACCGUUUUUGACAUCACCGCAAACAGUCACGACACUACUGCGCGGUGGGAACAGUCUUCAAGAGGCGCCGAUUUGUCUACGUGUGCGGUGAUGUCAAAAACGUACCUACGAUUCUCAAUCAUGCUUGAUUAGAUAAGUGGCCCAUCGUCUGGCUGGGUAUAUAAGCCCCUUAGGUUUUGUGCAACCUAUUUC